AUGAAUAUUGAAAAAGAAGAGCAACAGAGAUAAGAAAACUGGAACUGUUAUAAAUGUGGACAAUCAACCUCCACCACCGUUCAGAUGGUUGGUAGGUGUACCAGAUCCCGACAUUGGUCCCGUUCUUCUUUUCCUCAAAUUUUCUCCACCUACUAGGUUCUCUUUCUUUAGUUUUUAAUUGGAUUUCAGAGGUGCAGCUACUAUUUUCUCUGUUCAGUGUCUCCCUUACCCACUCACUGAUUCUGCUUCUUCUGUUUAAAUCUCCCCUCUAAAUCUGCUCCUGCUUCGAGGGGAAUUGGAAUUCUUUUGGUAAUUGGGCAUCAUGGAUUUGGAAUUUUUGCAAACACUUGAUGUUCAGAUUCUUGUGGGUGUAGCUGUCGCUGUUUUGGCCAUUGUUAUGGGUGCUGUCUUCCUCUUUUCCUCCAAAAAACUAAAAGGCUGUUUAGAUCCUGAGAAUUUCAAGGAUUUUAAACUUGUCAAGCGUGUUCAGCUCAGCCAUAAUGUGGCGAAGUUUAAAUUUGCACUUCCUACACCUACGUCAGUCUUGGGCCUUCCAAUUGGACAACACAUAAGCUGCAGGGGCAAGGAUAAUCAAGGCGAAGAGGUUAUUAAACCAUAUACUCCGACGACUCUUGAUUCUGAUGUUGGACAUUUUGAAUUAGUUAUUAAGAUGUAUCCGCAAGGAAGGAUGUCCCAUCACUUCAGAGAGAUGCGUGUGGGUGAUUAUCUUUCCGUUAAGGGACCCAAGGGGCGUUUUAGGUAUCAACCUGGCCAGGUUAGAGCAUUUGGAAUGCUUGCUGGAGGCUCAGGCAUUACUCCAAUGUUCCAAGUUACUAGAGCAAUAUUGGAAAACCCAAAGGACAAGACAAAGGUACACCUCAUUUAUGCCAAUGUUACAUACGAGGACAUUCUUUUGAAGGAAGAAUUGGAUGGCCUUGCUGCCAGUUACCCUGAUCGCUUCAAGGUCUACUAUGCUUUGAACCAGCCUCCUGAAGUAUGGGAUGGUGGUGUUGGCUUUGUAUCCAAGGAAAUGAUUGAAAAGCACUGUCCUGCACCAGCCGCCGAUAUCCAGAUUCUGCGAUGUGGGCCACCACCUAUGAACAAGGCCAUGGCUGCUCACCUUGAGGCUCUUGGCUACGCACCUGAGAUGCAGUUCCAGUUCUGAUCCUUCGCAAGUUCUUGACCCUCUCUAUUUCAUUUUUAACACUUGCAUGGCCUCAAUGAAAGACUUCACUGCUCUUUAUUUUGGUUCCUUCUCUCUGAAUUAAUCUGUCUAGCAGUAAGGCAACUAGUGUAAACUUCCAGUGCUUUUAAUUUUUGAGAAAAUUUUCCAUGAA